CAGAGGGCGCAUACUCGAAUGAGAAACUGCCAAAAUUGUUGAAAUUUACACCAUUUGAGCAAUUCAGCUUUAAAUUACUUAACAUAAACAAGCAGAAGCAUGAUUUAAAUAUUAAAAUAUGGCGGUGAAAAUUGAAAAAAGGAUGUACUCACUGUUUUUACGGUAUCGGAAAUAUACUUGAAAAAUUCCUGAGUAGUUUGCGUAAGUUCGCUUUCAGUAUCAAACAAACACCUGUUCGAUUUGCAAAAUUAUGUCGGCUCCGGAGGAAAGAAACGAAGAUGACACUUCUGUUCGAGUUGCUCUCAGGAUACGUCCGCAGCUAGCCAGAGAGCGCAUCGACAUGUGCCAAGUAUGUACUGCUGUCAUGCCCUCAGAGAAGCAGGUGUUGCUGGGUAAAGACAAGGCUUUCACUUUCGAUUAUGUCUACGACUUGCCUACUAUGCAGGAAUUCAUCUACAAAGACUGUGUGGAAAAACUCAUUGAAGGAUGUUUUGAAGGGUACAAUGCCACAGUGUUCGCCUAUGGCCAGACUGGAUCAGGGAAAACAUAUACUAUGGGAACAGGCUUUGAUGUGAACAUUCCAGAAGCUGAAAUAGGUAUAGUUCCUAGAGCUGUGGACCAUUUGUUUAGGGGUAUUGAAGAAAGGAAAAGACAGGCCAUGGAAAAGAACGAACCACCGCCAGAUUUCAAAGUUAAUGCUCAAUUUAUGGAGUUGUAUAAUGAAGAAAUUUUGGAUCUGCUGGAUACCACCAGAGACCCAGAAAGUCGGGGUCGUAAAAGCAAUGCAAAGAUUCAUGAAGAUGCUUCCGGUGGAAUAUAUGUUGUAGGAACCACUACAAGACUAGUCUAUUCUCUGCAAGAGACAAUGCAGUGUCUACAGGUUGGGGCGUUGUCGAGAGCAACAGCCAGUACAAAUAUGAAUGCCACAUCAUCACGAUCUCAUGCCAUUUUCACCUUACAUAUAAAACAACAUAGGGUAGUCAGAGAAGAGCAGGUGCUUGAAGAUGAAGGCGGGGAAGACGUGAAGAUGGAAGAAAGCAACGACAGUCUGAAUGAGUUUGAAACUUUGACAGCCAAGUUUCACUUUGUUGAUCUCGCUGGCUCAGAAAGGUUAAAAAGAACUGGUGCUACAGGUGACAGAGCCAAAGAAGGAAUAUCAAUCAAUUGUGGACUGCUUGCUUUGGGUAAUGUGAUCUCAGCAUUAGGGGACAAGUUGAAAAAAGGAUCUCAUGUGCCUUACAGAGACUCAAAGUUAACAAGACUUUUACAAGAUUCUCUUGGUGGAAAUAGUAGGACGUUAAUGAUCGCGUGUGUAUCACCAUCAGAUAGAGACUUCAUGGAAACUUUAAAUACAUUGAAAUAUGCAAAUCGUGCUCGUAAUAUAAAAAAUAAGGUUAUAGCCAAUCAGGAUAAAGCUAGUAAACAGUUAGCCAUUUUAAGACAAGAAAUUGUGCUUCUUCAACAGGAAUUGAUGGAAUAUAAAACGGGUAAAAGAAUUGUAGAUAGCGAAGGUGUGGAAACAACAAGUGAUGUAUUUCACGAAAACACAAUGUUACAAACAGAGAACGAUAAACUUCGAACUAGAAUCAAAUCACUGAAUGAGACAGUAGACCAACUUACAGUACGAAACACAGAACUGCUAGCCAGUCAAGCCAUGGCAGCCCUCGGUAAUGCAGCAGGUGACGUUGGUAGUGAAGAGGUUGUGAAUUUGAUCAAAGGAUAUGUGAAGGAAUUGGAAGAAUUAAGAGCCAAACUUGCAGAAUCUGAAUUAAUGGUAGAAAGGGUAAAGAGAUCACGACCAGCAUCAAUAUCGAGGGUAGCGAUGAGUCCAAUGUUGUCCCCUGUUCACAGUUCCAUUGGUAUGAGUCAGAGUUUUGAAUCACCGUUGUCACCGGAUAACCACAUCACUACAAUCAUAGAGGAGGCAAAACGCGAUGUGAAACGAUUAAAGAAAAAGAAGAAAGUAUCUGAAAGACAUGACAGUGACAAAGAGAAUGAGCAGUCAGACGAAGAGAAAGCAACCACGGAGACCACGGAGACUGUGGAGGGAGAAGUGAUGGAGAAAGAUAGAUCUGAAAAGUCAGAAAAAGACGAGGCUGAAGAAAAUGUUGAUGUGAAUGGAAACCUAGAUCUGGAUAAGGCAGACUCGGCAGAAGAUUCUGAUGAUGACGAGGAGGAACUGGAAGUGUUGAGCAGCAGUUCAAGUUCAGAGACAGACUCUGAUGGAAAAGACUCUGACAAUAUACAUGAAGAUCUAGCGGAGCUGACAUGUGAAAUCUCCAUCAAACAGCGGCUUAUAGAAGAGUUAGAACAGAGCCAGAAACGUUUAUAUGCUAUGAAAGUACAGUAUGAAGAGAAGGUUGAACUGUUAGUCACAAAAAUCAGGGAGACGGAAUCGGAGAGAGAUAAAGUUUUAUCUGGUAUCGGUAAAAUUGAAACAAACAAAAGUGAACAGACCAAAAAGGUGAAAGAACAGUAUGAAAGAAAACUGAAUGAUAUGCAGAAUGAGUUGAAGAAGUUACAUGCUGCGAAGAAAGAACAUGCCAGACUUGUAAAGAACCAGUCACAUUAUGAGAAACAGUUGAAAACACUACAACAUGAGCUUGGUGAGAUGAAGAAAACGAAGGUUCGGUUAAUGAAGCAGAUGAAAGAAGAUGCCGAGAAAACUAAACAGUUUGAACUGAGGAAGAACAAAGAGAUGGCCCAGCUCAGGAAGGAACAGAUCAAGAAGGAGGGGCUUAUCAGGACACUGGAGAACCAGAAAAGGCAAAAAGAUAUGGUGCUGAAAAGAAAACAGGAAGAGCUUGCAUCAAAGGUUGAAGUGUUGAGAAAGAAGAACAGACCGAUGUCUUCCAGGACGGCAGGUAGAGUGGCUAACUACAGUAAACCAACUAUUGUAUCUGCAGGUCCUCUAUCUACGUCAUCACCAAUGCGUCGUCGGCGACGAGGAGAAUUCUCUGCCAAAGUUGCCAAUAAAAAGUGGAUGGCUUUGGAGAAGAAUGUAAAUGCUGUGAUAAAUAAGAAACAGACUAUAUCAAAUAUAGAAAAGGAUAUGGAUGUUUGGUUAAAGCAUAGAGAAAAACUUGGAAAGAAAAUGGAAAAGUGCCAAAAGAAAAAGGAAACAAUGGUUGCAUUAGGCAAUCCCGAUUCUGAGAUUAAGGAAGUAACAGAUGUGAUAGACUCAUUGAAGAACCAAGUAGAGUUUGCCCAAGAUAACAUAAACGAGUGCCAAACCAAUAUUGUUCAAGUUGAAGAAGCCAAGGAAGAAGCAGAGAAAUUUGAUCCUAUGAGCCUUGUGAACACUAUCAGUUUAGAAGAGGCCAAAUAUCUGCUUGAACAUUUUAUCAAUAUGUCUAUAUCUAAGGGUCUUGCAUUAUCAGCCAAAGACUCCGAAGUGAGAGAAUUGAUGGCAAAACUUCAUCAGACAGAGUUAAAUAAUACAUUACAACAAGAUCUGCUGAAACACAUGAUGGCUGAUAGAGUCGAUAUUGAGGUGGACAACUUGAUGACUAAUCAGGUUGAUGAUAUGGACAGUUCCACUAGCUCGUCUUCCAGUUCUCCAGUUGAUAGCAUGUUUGAGAGUCGUGUGGAAUCGUCGGCACCAACUCAAAAACCAUCAUUGAUGUCCUCCUCAAGCUGGGAAGCGGCAGUAAAGAAAGAUAAGGAGUUACAAAGACUAAUGCCGACUUUUAGAAGAACAUCAAAGUUUGUGAGUUGUUCCAUGCGAUGGUAUCGGCAGGCGCGGCGACGCACUCCAUCAAGACCAGAUGAACUACUGUAUGCCGGAAAUGAAGAACAGGCACCAAUGCUGAACAGAGUCUUGGAAACGCCAGACGAGAGCUCAGCUGCAGUUACAAAAAUACCGCCAGUCAUGUCAAUGAGUGCACCUCCGACUACAACUGUUACCAGUAGUGAUGGAACGUUGAUGCCUCCGCCAAAAUCGUUACCACCAAGGCAAACUAGCUCUUCCAGGUUAUCAACUAUUUCCCCAAGUAUGAGAAGAAAAGAUUACUCAAAGCCAAGUCCGUCCCCAUCCCCUGUACUGAGGAGAAAAAACAGCUUCACUAUUCUGUCAAGAUCAAGUUCUAUGGACAAUGCAACAUCUUCUGAUGCUACCCCACCGUCUUCCCCACAGCCCACGCGUAGAUCUGAAAGACCCAGCGAAGCUAAUGUUUUCUCACGUCUUACCAGCAGCACUGUUGGGAUAUCAGACAAUAAGAGCAAAAGAGGGUAUGUAGUGCCAGCGAAUCGAACUGGGCGAUGUUGGGAUCUGACAGAAGGGAGAGAGAUUGUCACUUUUGAUCAGCAUCUUAACAAUGUUAAUGUAAUAAAAUAUAGUCCAGAACAACGCCUUGUGUUCACUGUUUCACAGUCCUACAUCUGUGUCUGGGAUUUACGUCGAUAUGACAGAAAUUGUAUAAAGACUUUGAGUUCAUCUGGGUUAACUCAAGAUGACCAGAUAACCAGUGAAACGCGCCAAAUAGACCUGCCAAGUGGCGAGCAUCAUAUCAAUGAUAUAGCUUUAAAUAACAGUGGCAUACUUCUCUACAGUGCAACAGGGAAUGUGGUCAGAGUCUGGGAUCUACGAAGGUUUGCAGCAGUGGGCAAACUUAGCGGAGGUCACCAGGCUGCCAUCAUGACCAUGGGCGUGGACAAACAGGACCAAAAUGACAUUGUUGUCACUGGAUCUAAAGAUCAUUACAUUAAAGUAUUUGAAGUAAUGUCAGAAGGAGCUGGUGUGUUAACACCCAAGUAUAACCUGGAACCUCCGCACUAUGAUGGUAUACAGUCAUUAGCUAUUCAGGGUAACACAUUGUUUAGCGGAUCAAGAGAUACAUGUAUAAAGAAAUGGGAUCUGCAGUCUCACAGCUUAGUACAGUCGUUGAAUGCAGCUCACAGAGACUGGAUAUGUGCCAUGGACUUUAUGAAGGGGACCAACACACUGCUGAGCGGGUGUCGAGCCGGCUACCUCAAACUGUGGAAUGUGGACACAUGUGCACAGAUUGCUGAAAUCAAAGCCCACACAAGUCCUAUCAAUGCCAUAGCAAAUAACUCUUCUGCCAUAUUUACUGCCUCAAAUGAUCAUACAGUUAGAAUAUGGCGACAAAAGACAGGAUCACAAGAAUUAGCAACAGACGGGAAUGAUUGGGCCAGCUAGCGGCAACUUGAAACUGCAAAUCUAUAUUUAUCUACAUGUUGUUCGCAUGGGCAUUUUAUAUUGUACAUGGCUAGAAGUGUGAUAUUUAUAGCAUGUAGUCCAUUGGUUGGUUGUUUUUCAUUGAUUUCAUAAUUGUUUUAUGAGCAUUGCAUUGUUAAUUUGAUGCAAAAAUCUUAGCCAAAAUUAAAUCCAUUUCAUAAUUGUUGCAAUACUUUUUUUUUUGUAAUAGUUUUGUGCCUUUUGUCAAAAAAAGUUUAAGUAAAUUUGUCUACAGAAUGAAU